AUGAGAAUUUCUCAUAUCAUCCUGUUGCAAAUUUUGACUGGUCUUCAUCUUAUCGCCGCCAUCAGAAGGGGACCGCCAGUCAAUAUCCACACACAGAAAGGAGGAGAUAUUGCGCAGCUUCGAAAUGUGUAUGGUGACGACGAGAUGCGAAAUGCACUUCCACCGGAAUCACCAUUCAAAUGGGAUAAUCUACAAGACUCGGAUGGGAAAUUCGUCGUUCCGUAUGUAAUCAGUGGCUCUUAUGAUGCUAAAGAAAAGAAGGUGAUUUUUGAUGCGAUGAAAAAAAUUGACGAGAAUACCUGCAUCCGAUUCAAACCUCGAAAAUCCUCAGAAGAGGACUAUGUUGACAUCCAAAACAAUCUGGCAGAAGGAUGCUACACAACGGUUGGUCGCAAUGGCGGACGGAGCAUUCUGAAUUUAGAGGCAAGCAGAAUACAAUCCUGUAUGCAGUUAGACAGUGUAAUUCACGAGUUGCUGCACGUUCUCGGUUUAUGGCAUGAACAUAUGCGUGCGGAUAGGGAUGAAUACAUCAAAGUGCAUCAGGAAAAUAUUCAGUUAGGCUUCAAGAACCAGUUUGCAAAAAUGAUGGCGCCUGAUGCUGCCACCUAUGGUGUGCCGUACGACUACUUGUCUAUCAUGCAUUACCCAAAGGACGCAAAUGCGGUACCAGGAACGAUUACUAUAGAAACGUUAGAUCCCAAGUAUCAGGAUGCCAUUGGAAAACAGAAAGAACCUUCGAAAAACAACUACAAGAAGAUCUGCCUUAUAUAUAAGUGCAGUGUAUGCCAAGGUGAAGAAAUGUAG